AAAAAACAAUUGACAGAAUUAUCUAUGGUCUAAUGGAUCACAGUAUCAUAUAUAUUUAUAAUAAAACAGUUAAUGUUGUUCUGUUUUAGAUGGCAAGAUCAAAAGUAUCUGGAGAUUACAGUAUACCUCAGAAGGACCUGGAAGAUCUUAAAGAUACCAUAACUAGUCAAGAUCUUCCAACAGCAAUAAACACCAUCAAAGAGUAUCUCAAGCAGCAAGAUCUUGUUGAGCUUAACAUUGGUGUGGCUGGAGAGUCUGGCUCUGGAAAGUCCACAUUUGUCAAUGCAUUCAGAGGUUUAGGAGAUGAAGACAAGGGCUCUGCUAAAACCGGUGUAGUAGAAACCACUUUGGAGCCUGAAGUUUAUCAUCAUCCAAAAUACAACAAUGUGAAAGUGUGGGAUCUUCCUGGCAUUGGAACACCAAACUUCAAAGCCGAUGAGUACCUUCAGCAGGUUGAGUUUGAGCGCUAUGAUUUUUUCAUCAUCAUUGCUUCAGAUCGGUUCAGAGAAUGCCACACUCAGCUGGCCAAAGAGAUCAUGAGGAUGGGGAAAAAGUUUUACUUUGUUCGUUCCAAGAUUGACGCAAGCAUUACUGCUGAAAAGAGGAAGAAGAACUUUGACUUGGAAGAGACACUGGAUGCCAUCCGAGAGGACUGUGUAAAUGGUCUGAGAAAGAUCGGUAUAGAAGAUCCUGUUGUAUUCCUGAUCUCAGGCUGGGAGCUCGGCAAGUAUGAUUUAAAUCUGCUGCAGGACAGAAUGGAGAAAGAGCUUCCACAGCAUAAGAGACGUGUGCUGUUGUUGGCUUUGCCAAAUAUCACUCUGGAGAUUAACGAGAAGAAGAAGAAAGCUCUUGAGGAAAACAUUGUAAGAGUUGCCUUUCUGUCUGCUUGUGUGGCUGCUGUUCCCAUUCCUGGUCUUUCCAUUGCUGUGGAUUUAGUCAUUGUUAAAAGGGAGAUAGAAAUUUACUACAGCACCUUUGGUCUGGAUGAUCCAUCCCUGCAGAUGCUGUGUGAAAAAUCUGGGAAAUCUUUUCAACAAUUGAAAAGUUUAUUGAAAUCUCCACUGAGUGGUGGGAUAAACCCAGCUUCAAUUUUAACCUUGCUGGGUGCUGCAUCCAUACUCAUUGCUGAAGAUGUAGUUGAGCUUACCCUGAGCUUCUUACCCAUAAUUGGUACUGUGGUGGCAGGAGGAUUCUCGUAUGCGACAGUCUAUUUUAUGCUGAAUAAAGCUUUAAAUGACCUAGCAGAAGAUGCCAGAAAUGUGUUAAUGGCUGCAGUGGGGACUGAUGUGUAAACCUGAAAAUUUCUCAAACUGAAAAUCUCUAAACUGAAAAUCUCUCAACCGCGAAACUAAAUAUUUAAAAAAUUAAAUAUAUAAAAAUAUAUUCCUCAAAUAUAUUUACUUUCUCAUCAUUAUUUGUACAUUUAGAAGACAUACAGGACAUAAUUAAAACUAAACCUUAAAAAAAGUACUUCACAAAAACAACAAUAUCUAAUUCAGUGGAUCAUGAUUUACUUUCUUCUACACUUGACACAAAUAGGACUCUGCUUGGAAUUCUACAUGAUUUGCUGCAACCUAUAUGUUUGUUUUUUUGUUCAGAAUGCAAAGAGACAAAUAAAACAUAAUCUAUCAAAUGUAAAAAGAAAAGAAAAAAGUACAUUUUAUUUCGCUUUGAUACAGCCCAACAAUCUAAAGCAGGGGUCACCAAACUUGUUCCUGGAGGGUCUGUGUCCUGCAGAUUUUAGCUCCAACCCUAA